AUGGUGGUCGGGUGCAUCUUAAGGAGCUUCAUCCUCAGGUCCGCGCAGCAAAAGGAGACUCUUCAUUACAUCUGGUACACUCUCAGGAGGUAGUGACUCAUCUCCCAGCAAAUCAUUGACAUGACUUAGUCGUUGAAUAAUAAAUCACACAAAUUUAAAAUUCAUAAAACUAGAAAAUACUAAUUUUUAGAUAUUUAGAAGUAUUUCUAAAGAAAUAUAUCAAUUAUAACUCAAUAAAAGUUCUAAAAAUAGUAAGAAUUUUCCAGAUCACAUGGAUGUAAUAUAAUAUCAGGUAAUAUUUCAGAAUUUUCCUCCAAGAAUAUGAUUUUUUAUGAAUUUUACAUUAAGAAAAUGGAAAUACAAUAUAUUUUAAAUUCACAAAAAGAGAAAUAAGGAUGUAGACAUCAAGAUGACAUCUGCAUUUGACGAAUGCAAAUCGAGCAGAAAUAGAGUUCCGCUUAGCAAUUCUUACGUAAGUGAUUAUAAAUGAUUUGUAAAAGUUGGAAAAAUUGUAAUUAAAUGAAAAAUAAUUUGAUAGAUUUAAAUCAGAAAAAUUAUCACUAAAUGAAGUGAAAAUUAAGUUGAAAGUAGAAAAAUAGAAUUUUGGCGUCAUAGUGACGAUGUAUUGGUGAUGCACUAGAAUCUUGAGCAUUCGGAAGGAUCGUUGUGUAGUGUCUAUGGUCUCGAAAGCUCUUUUUAGACAAGGACGAUGUGAGCAAUCUUUAGAUCUUUUUGCAAAGUCUAGAGAUUAAUGAAAUAGGUUUUCGAAUCGUCUCUGGUAGCUAUCACCCAGUGGAGCAAAAAAAUGGUAACUUUGUAACUCUUUGGCAGCUGUCACCUGACGGAGAGGAGCUGAAUGGAGGUGUGAUGGCGAACAAGACCCGUCUCCAUCAGCUCAGGAGACAUCGACAGUCCGAGUUCAACCCGAUCGACGAGCGAAGACGAAGGAGCCUAGCUUUCGCUACACGGCCUAG